AGUUUUUUAAAGGAAACCUGCAAGGAUUUCUUUUCAAUUUUCUUCCUACUUACAUCAACUUCUAAGUCGUUGCGGGCUUGGCGAUGCGACACUGCGAUGCUGGGUUAUCCACUAGAUGAGGAGUAAUUCCUGGGAAUUUGAGAAUUUCACAUGUUUUUGGUGGCUUGACUUCAACUGCAGAAGGCUUGCGCUUCCAUGGCAAUUUUUUUCCAACUCAAGUUAAGAAGCCAGAACAUACAAACUCUCAUCUUCUUGCAAAAAAAAAAAAAAAAAUUUUUUUUUUCCAACAGGGAUUUCAAUUCUCCGAAAUUUGAGGCCGAUUAUUUUGAAACCAGCAUAGUCACGUAAUGCGGGUUAAAGUUUUUGUUUCAUUCCUCUCGCAUCUGCUUAUAGGCAUCAGUCUUGCCACUGCCCUAACUUGCUAUGACACAGGUAAUUUCACAACUAAUAGUACAUAUGGCAUAAACCGGGACCUUAUUCUCGCUUCUCUCCCUGAUAAUGUCUCUGCAAAUGGUGGUUUCUUUACUGCCACUAUUGGCCAAGACUCCAACAAAGUUUACGUUCUUGGGCUUUGCAGAGGAGACUUUUCUUCAGAUGCUUGUUAUAGCUGCCUCAAUUCCUCAAUUCCCGAUCUCAUAGCUAAGUGUCCCAACCAGAAAGGAGCCAUGUCAUGGGCAGGGGAUCUAUGUCUUGUACGCUAUGCAGAUCGGUCGUUUUUUGGAAUCCUGGAGCUAGACCCGGCUGAUGCAGGCUAUAACACGGGCGAUAUCAAAUAUAACUUAACACAAUUUGAUCCUGUUUGGGAGAGUUUGAUGGAUAGCGUGGUGAGAAAGGCUUCCAUGGGCUCGUCUAAGCUUAAGUAUGCAACUGGGGAAGCAGAUUUUACAGCAUUUCAAAAGAUAUAUGCACUAAUGCAGUGCACUCCUGAUUUAUCACAGAAGAAUUGCGAUUCCUGCCUAAGGGAGUCCGUGAGUUACUAUGAAAGAUGUUGCCAUGGAAAGCAAGGAGGUUAUGUUAAGCUGCCCAGCUGUUGGUUCCGGUGGGAUUUGUAUCGCUUCUAUACAUCUAAUGCUGCUACUACUGCUCCAUCCUUAUCUCCUCCUCCUCCACCUGAAUCUAGAAGUUCUCCUACGCUUCCAGUGAAUUCCACAAUCACAAAAGAGGAUGGAGGCAUUUCAUCCCCAACUCUUGCCAUUAUAGUUGUUCCAAUUAUCCUCUUCGUGGUAGUUGGCAUACUUGCAGUUGUUGUUCUCCUCAAGAGGAGGAAGAAAACAAAGCAGGAUGAUCAAAAUGACAGGAGUCAUCAGAAAUCGUUGCAAUUUGAUUUUAAUGCAGUAAGAAUUGCAACAGAAGACUUCUCGGAUACAAACAUGCUUGGACGAGGCGGAUUUGGUACUGUUUAUAAGGGUAAACUUCAAGAUGGACAAGAAAUAGCUGUGAAGAGACUGUCUGGUAAUUCAGCACAAGGGCAACAAGAAUUCAAGAAUGAAGUCUUGUUAUUGGCAAAGCUUCAACAUAGGAAUUUGGUUAGGCUUCUUGGUUUUUGCUCGGAACAAAAAGAAAGGAUUCUCAUCUAUGAGUUUUUGCCUAACUCAAGCCUUGACCACUUCAUAUUCGAUCCUGUGAAGCGUUUACUGCUAAAUUGGGAGAAGAGAUAUAAAAUUAUAGAGGGAAUAGCUAAGGGACUUCUUUAUCUUCACGAAGAUUCUCAAUAUCGAAUCAUCCAUCGUGAUUUAAAAGCAGCCAAUAUAUUGUUAGAUGCAGAGAUGAAUCCUAAAAUUUCAGAUUUUGGAAUGGCAAAAUUGUUUCCGAUCGAUCAAACUCAAUCUGGUACAAGCAGAAUCGUUGGGACCUUUGGAUAUAUGGCCCCAGAGUAUGCAUGGCAUGGACAAUAUUCAGCUAAGUCUGAUGUUUAUUCCUUUGGUGUGUUGGUUUUGGAAAUCAUUAGUGGUCAAAAAAUCAGUAGCUUCGCCAAAGAAAAAGUGGGAGAGUCUCUUCUAACCCAUGCAUGGAAAAAUUGGAAUGAAGGAACUGCUUUGGAACUUAUAGAUCCAAUUUUGAGCGAUGGUUCGAGCAGUGAAAUAAUGAGGUGUAUCCAUCUCGGAUUGCUAUGUGUUCAAGAAAAUAUUGCUUAUAGACCUACCAUGGCCUUUGUCGUUCUCGUGCUUAGUAGCUACUCCACCUCUCUCCCAGUGCCUUCGAGACCUGCUUUUCAUAUUCAUUCCGUCGAGCAGACAGAAACGAUGUCUGAGUCAUCCAUAUCUGAUCAAUAUAGACGUGAAACUGUCAUAGUCUCAGUCAAGGAGGCUUCAAUUUCCGAGCUAGAUCCUCGAUAAAGUUUGAAAUAUAGUACUUACAUAUUAUCUGCAAGUUUGUCUAGAAAUUCUCGGUUUUUUCUAUUCACAAAAAUUUAAGAUGCGUAGAAACUUCCUUAGCCCAAGACAAAUUACAAGCGAAGUAUUGAAUCUUUAUCAACUCAACCAAUUCUCGUUUGUAGUGCUUCUUUAGUUUAAUUACAUAACAAACAACUUUAGUUCACUGCUUGGUGAGCCCUUUGCGUGAGAAAUCUUUCAUAUUAUAUAUAUAUAUAUAUAUAUAUUUUUUUUUUUCCCCUUGAGUGGUUUGUUGAAUGAAUCGUACAAGCUUAAGCCACUAGUAUUGUAUCAGGCAACUACAUGCCUAGCGGGCCAGAGUUUUCCCUUGAGGAUUUAAAGUCCAAGUAGUAUGAUAGGAUGAAAUCCAGUUACCUGAACUCAUCGGCUAUAUAAACCCGCCCAAGUCCAAAGUGAAAGGUUGACCAUAAGCUGUUGGCCCAUCGGCGAGGGGUGCAUGGCUAGUGCUUUAAUUUAUCCAAAAGAAGAGAGAAAAAUACGAAGCCCAAAAGUGAAAGAAAACGAAAGGAAGGAGUCCAUCGAAAAGAAAGCUUGAUAUACCUAAGGGCAUCCUAUCAGUGUGUAGUUGGUCUGGUUCCACUUGUUACAAAACGUUGUUUGUACAUUGUUCACCAACUGAUUUGCGUUGUUGUUGGAUUUGUUCUCGCAUCAUAUGUUUUCAUCAAUUUCAACUUUGAAUUUAUUCUGCACAUUAUGAUUUUAACCUGCAUUAAAGGCACGUGUUCUUAAACCCUAAACUAGGUUUCGGCAAUCUUGGCUUUUUCUCAAAUUGCUGGCCCUGAAAGCAACAGACGCUCUCAAAGUCCAUGCAAUUGGUUCCAUAAAAGAACUAUCCACAAGAGGCAUAUUUUGUUUAAAAGCAAAUUGAGUUGUUUUUAGUAGGUGCUGGGAAUAUGAAAAUAUGUGUUGUAGACUCGAUUCAUAGAAUCAGCACAGUUUGGAUAGAUAUAAUAUAUUUUUUUUAUUAAAUU